AUGUCGUUUUUGAAAUGGCUUAAACCACGUCGAAAAAAAGUUCAUGAAGGAGUCAAUGCUGGAGAAGAUCAUGAUAAUGAUGACGAUGCACGGCGAGAAGACGAAGAAGCGGAAGCAGGAAAAUAUACAGGUCGUGAUGUCGAUGAUGAAAGCACAAAUGAUGGAACAAAACUGGUUUAUUUUGCUUGUGAAGAACCAAAGCAAAAUAUUAUCGACAUCCUUCAGUCAGUGAAGAGUAGUGUUGAGGUGUUUACUACGGAGCCAGAAUGUGUUAAUUAUAUUACACCAAUAACUCAGAAAGUUUUUCUUAUCAUCGAUGGUAUACCACCGGCGAGUUUGAUUGAAGCCAUUGAGCCAUUAAAACAAAUUGAUUCAGUAUUUUUUUAUUCUCCAGCAAGUGGUUCAAUUGUUGAUAUUGGCCAACAACAACAUAGUUAUCUUGUUAAUUUAUGUGAAAAUGAAGCAACACUUAUCGAUACUAUAAGAAAAUCUCGUGAAGAACUUGAUAAACAAACAGCUGCAUUUAGUAUAUAUAAUAAAAAAGAAAAAGCAACACGAGAUCUUUCAAAAGAAGCUGGUUCAUUUUUAUUUUUUCAAUUAUUUAAAAGUGUAUUAAAAAAUAUGCCUAAAACAGCUGAAGCAAAAAAAACUAUGGUUACAACAUGUCGAAAUUAUUAUCGUGGAAAUUUAACUGAAUUAAAAAAUAUUGAUGAUUUUGAUCGAACAUAUAAAUCAUCUGAUGCUAUACCAUGGUAUACAAAAGAAACAUUUGUUUAUAAAUUUAUUAAUAAAGCACUUCGUACAGAAGAUGUUGAUGUUUUGUAUCAAUUUCGUUUUUAUAUUAUGGAUUUAAGUGAACAACUUGAAUCGAAAUUUUUAGAACUUAAAGCAAAACAAAAAGAUAUUCUUCGACUUUAUCGAGGUUUAAAAUUAAGUGCAGAUGAAGUAGAAAAUUUUCAAAACAGUAUUGGAAAUUUAAUAUCAACAAAUGGAUAUUUAUCAACAAGUAGUGAACGUUCAGUUGCAUAUGGUUUUGCAACAAAAUCUCCUAAACGAGAAGGUUUUUCACGAGCUUUAUUUGAAUAUCAAAUUGAUUUAAAUCAGGUUCAAAAAAUUGUUAUUGCUGAUAUUCGAGAAUUUUCAGCAUUUCCUGAAGAAGCUGAAGUUUUAGUUGAUAUUGGUGCAUCAUUUCAAAUUGAUUCAUGUCAAUUUAGUCCCGACGAAGAUUUAUGGCAUGUUCAAGUUCAUGCAACUGAUCAAGGUGCUGAUUUAGCUGCUGAAUAUAUGGAAUAUCAAAAGAAAAAAAUGGUUGAAUCAAAUAUAGUUCUUAUGUUUGGUAAUUUACUACUCGAAAUGGGUGAAUAUGCUAAAGCUGAAUCAUAUUUUGAUACAAUUCUUAAUUCUUCAAAUCCAAAUGAUGAAGAAAUUGCUUGUAUAUUUUUUAAUUUUGGUCGUACACAUCGAUUAAGAGGUGAUUUUAAUCGUGCAACAAAUUGUUAUAAUCGUGCAUAUAGUUUACAUAUGAAUGCUCGACCAAAACGUUUAGCAAGUGCAGGAAAAACUUUAAAUGGUCUUGGAGUUGUUUAUAGUGAACAAGGACGACAAAUGAAAGCUGAAGAAUGUUUUCUACGUGCUAUGAAAUUAUAUAAUAUAAGUAUUCCAAAAAAACAUGUUGAUGUUGCUGGAACAUUAAUUAAUUUGGGUACUAUUGAUUGUGAUCGACAAUAUUAUGAUCGAGCAUUGAGUAAAUUUCAAAAAGCAAAAAAAAUCUUUAAUAGUUCUCUUCCACCAGGUCAUCCAAAUCAUGCCGUACCAAGGGUUAAUUUAGGUAAUGUUUAUCUAUCCACCAAAGAGUAUGUUAAAGCUUUUGAAGAAUAUGAAAGUGCAUUGAAAUUACAAGAAGCAUCAUUACCAAGCGAUCAUCCAGAUAUAGCUCGUACAUUACAUAAUCUUGCAGUUGUUCAAACACAUCUAGGAAAUAUUGAACAAGCAAGACAAUAUUUAGAACGAGCAGAAGAAACAGCUGGUCGUACAUUACCAUCAAAACAUCCAGUUAUGUCUUUACUUCAUAAAACAAAAGGUGUAAUGGCAGAAGAAGUUGAAGGAUAUAUUUAUUCGCGACAUUAA